CGUAACUGAUGCGGCUGCUGCGCAAUUCCCCCUAUACGGGGCCACUUGUGUAAUAAGAAGUUCAUGCGAACUGCCAUUGUGCGGGCCAACAAACCGCUCCUGAUCUUCUAUCCGAGUCGUUCCCUCGUACGACUCUUCAGUAUUACUGCCUUUUGGUGUAACAGUAAAGCGGACGACAGUUUGACCCUCUUACAUACAACCAUGAUGGCACGUCAGGAUGAUGGGGAGACUCCUCUUCUGCAACAGCCAGACUCGGAGCAGUCGAUGGUCAACUUGAAGACACCUCUGCCCUGGAAUCAAUUCUGGAUCAUAUUGGUCUUGCAAUUUUCAGAUUUUCUUGUUUUUGAGACCUUUUCCCCGUUUAUACCUGAACUGAUCGGAGAUAUUGGCGUGACCAACGGAGACGAUUCCCAGGUUGGAUACUACGCCGGCAUCCUGCACUCAGCGUACUAUGUCUCUCAAACAUUGACCAUUCUCUAUUGGAGUCAACUGUCUGACUACGUUGGACGGAAGCCUUUGAUACUAAUCGCUUCGUUCGCGAUAGCUACUACGAUGUUGUCAUUUGGGCUAUCAAGAACCUUCCUCGGUCUGCUGGUCAGCCGUAUUAUCUGCGGAGCAUUCAAUGGCGAAAAUGGUGUCGUCAAAAACUUGUUGAUGGACAUCACCGACGCAACGAGUUUGCCCAAGGCAUAUGGAUAUUUGCCAAUUUCAUGGAUGUCAGCGGCCAUAAUAGGGCCGCUUGCUGGUGGAUCGCUCUCCCGACCCGCAGACAGAUUCCCUGAAAUCUUUGGGCGAUCGGAACUGCUGAAGACCUAUCCAUACCUCUUGUCGUGUGCUGUUCCAGCCGUAUGUGCCUCUGUUGCUUGGCUAGUAACAUAUUUCUGUCUUAAAGAGAGUGUUUCUACCAAGGCAUCCCUUUGGGAGUUGAUUAAGGGAUGGUUCUUGCGACGAUCACAUGCGAAGCCUUCCACACCAUCGGGCCAUGCUCUGACCAGUUCUGGGGAAGAGUCAAACUAUGAGGAGGUCCCGCCACAGCCACUUCCGCUGCGCGCUGUGCUAACUCCAAAGGUCCUGACCGUCAUAGCAAGUAACGGCACCUUUACUCUGUUUUAUAUAGCACUCAACUCGAUCCUAUCUAUUUUCUAUGCGGCACCUAUUGAACUCGGCGGUCUUUCCCUGGACCCUCCCCGUAUUGGCACUAUAUUCGCGACAUCAGCUUUUGCUAACGGCGCAUUCCAGAUACUUUUUUACACCCGUCUGCAUGAUCGCUUCGGUGCAUACGUCAUUUAUAUGACUGGCCUUUGCUCCGGUAUACCUGUUGUGGUUUUAUUCCCGGUGAUUAAUGCUUUGGCUCGAGCCCAUGGAAUAGGUUUGGCGGUGUGGUUGGCUGUUGCCAUUCAACGGGUGCUGUUCACUAUCUUGGAGAUGUGCUUCGCUUGCAUGGCAUUGUUUAUUAGAGCCUCUGCUCCCAAUCGCGCUUCGAUUGGAGCUACCAAUGGAGUCAUCCAGCUGGUUGCCGGAGGAGCCAGGAUUAUUGGCCCAGUAUGUGGAGCUGCGGUCUUUUCUUAUUCGAUGCAGGAAGGUCGCGAUGCGUGGUUGGCAUACUAUUUCUUCAUGUCAUUGGGAUUUCUCGCUAUUGGCACUUCUGUAUUCCUUCCUCGGGAUCCUUGUCUAUGGGAAGAACGCAAAUACUAUGACUAUCGGUGACAUCACUGACGUGUCUUUAUUUGUCGUUCACUCUGUUUAUAUUGCAAUGCAUUUACUGUAC